AUGGAAGAUACUCCAGCUCCUCUCGAGCCCCUCUCUAUUGACAUCUUGGCCGUGACAAAGAAUGCGCAGGAUUCUCAUGGAUUGAGGCAUCAGGAUUAUCAGAGAUACAGGCAAUACUGUGCUAGAAAGAUUCAUAGAGUACGAAAAGUCGUUGGAUUGACUCAAGGAAAGAAAAAGUAUGAGAAACGCGAGCUACCUGCUGAAACUGCUGUUUUGGGCCACUUGGAAAUUCUCCUCUUUCAAGCUGAACGAGCAUGGUCGUAUGCCAUGCAACUGAAGGGCGAAGUAGCUCAAGAACCCAGAAGGAAACAUCAUGCUCGUGCACGAUUACAACGAGCAGCUGCAUAUGCAUCAGAACUAGAAACUGUAUGCCAAACUCGUGGUGUAGAUAGUAGGACUUUGUUGGAUGCACAAGCAUACGCUGCCUUGAUGAAAGGUUAUGUCCUGUUUGAAGAACAAAAGUGGCAAGAAGCGCUUGACAAGUUUGCCGCUGCUAGGACGAUAUAUGAGAAACUGUCUACAGUUGGAAGUGCAGAGCAAGAAGCUCUAUGUCAAUCUGCAGUCGAUGCAAUUGACCCAUCCAUUCGAUUCUGUGCCUACAAUCGGAAAAUCAAGGGUGGAGCUUCCGCAGAUAUAUCAGUACUACUUGAAAUGCGAAACAAGACUGCCGGUGGUUCAGCAGGUCUCGACUUGUUGACUCGACAAAUUGAAGACACGCUAGCCCAAACUCGUCACAAAAAGGCUGUCGAAGUUUCUAGUAUAACCUGGAGAGGAAAAACUGUUCCUAGCAAGAAUGAGAAGUUGAUUGAAGCUAUAUUGGCCGCUCAAGAGUCCCUACAGCAGUUAGACAAGGCUAUUAAAGAUGCGGCAUUGCCAUUAGAUAGUGCUGAAGCCCUGGACGAACGAUUGAGAGAAUUUGAUGCUGUCAUUGGUGCUCUCUGGGAUGCUAGUCGUAUUGCUGAGCAAGAUGUGAAGGAUGAUGCGGUUGCAGUAGCAAAGGUUAAAACAUCGAAGUCGGACGCAAAUACCUUCAACCUCCACUAUAUCUCAUCGUAUGUUGCCUACUUGCGUCUAUCCAAGACAGUAGAGCGCAACCUGCUCUUGAUUGAAGCAACCAAACACAAGUUCUCUGGUCAACAAACCAAGAUGCCUGAUCAGCUCAAAUCUGCACGAUUGGAAGAUGUGCCUAAACUCUAUAAUGCCAUUGUCAACACAUUGAAGGAAACGUCUUCAUUGCCAGGGGUAGAGGCGGAUGUCCCGUUGCAGCGUAUACUUGGUGCCAAGAUGUCUCUCUACCAUGCAUUCAAAAUGUAUCAUAUAGGAGCUUUGCUUACAUCAGCUCGAAGACGAAACGAAGCCUUCGCUGUAAUGGAUAAAGCAUCAGAAUAUCUAGUUUCAGCUCGUGCUGAACUUGACAGUGUGAAAAAAUCAACCAAGAAAAACGACUUGUUACCAGAAGAUACAGCCACCUUAUCUACCCUAGAUACCGAUAUGUCUAGUCUCGAUACCAUCAUCCGCGGAUCUAAAAUCCGUGAACGAGCUCGUGCCGUUAUGGAAGCGACAUCCACAGAAACAGCAGCAGCAGCCACGAAUAGUACCGAACCAGAUGGAGAGAAAUCUGGCAUAAGACGAAAACCAUUAAUUGAUAAUUUGGAUACAUUCAUGCCUAGCUUUGAUCCUUCAGAUCCCAACUUGGUGGAGUUGCCACCAACCUUCCAACCGAUUCCUUGCAAGCCCUUGUUUUUCGAUGUUGCCUAUAACUCUAUUGAAUACCCAUUGAAUAAUUUGGCUAGACGAGCUAAGGGAUUACCGAGAUUGGCUAAAGGUGAAAAGGAGGUGGUCAAGAAGGCUGUCGCUCAUCUUGCUCAUCAUCACCUGGAAGGUUCGCAGUAUGUGAGAACAGGUCCAAAUAGUCAACCUCAAUUGACUACGACCACUGGAAUCGCACAUCACUGGUUUGACGGCGACGGCCAUCUCCACGGUGUCUACUUUGACGAACACUUGACCCCACACUAUGUCAACAAAUACGUCAAAACCGGACAACAUCUCGCUGAGAAGGCACUCAACGCAAGAGUCAUGCCACGUCUCGGUGAGCUGACGAGUGAAAAGCCGCUGGUUCUUGUCAAGGCACUGAUCAAGAGUCGGUUGACGAGAGAAGUUAUUGAAGAACCUGCCACAAGGACUACUGCGAAUACUGCGCUUGUGUAUCAUGACGGUCGGCUGAUGUCAUUGAUGGAGGCUAAUGUGCCGUAUGAAGUGGUGGCUCCCUCUUUAGACUCAAUUGGUCCCUUUACCUUUAGUGGAGAGUUUGCAAAGCAUCCUGCUAAGGCACAGUUUACGGCUCAUCCAAAGGUUGAUCCCUUUACCAAAGAACUGUUCUGUUUUGGCUACAGGUUUGAGAAACCGUCCUUCCAUUACUCUGUAGUGAACGCUGAUGGAACUCUCAAGAUAUGCCAACAUCCAGUUGAAUGUAGAACUGUGAUGAUGCAUGAUUUUGCCAUAACGGAACACUACGCCAUCAUUCUGGAUUUGCCAUUUACAUUCAACGGACCCAGAGUCUUUCGAGAGGGAAAAUCAGCUCUAAUGUUUGACUCACGAUUACCAUCCCGAUUCGGCAUCAUGGAUAGAUAUAAUCCGAAAAAGAUUAAAUGGUUUGACGAUGCACCAUGUUACGUCUAUCACACGGCAAACGCAUAUGAAGAUGGUCAAGAAGUUGUGCUUGUGGGAUGUCGUUCCGAAAAGGCUGCAGAUCUCAAUACUGAAGGCUUUACGCCGAAAAAUGUUAAUAUUGAUGACUAUCAAACGUAUUUGACUGAAUGGAGGUUCGAUAUGGUGACGGGAAAAGUUUGUCGUCGAAUGCUGGGGAAUAUAAAAGUGCCUGUUGAGUUUCCACGGAUUCGAGAUUCGGAGUUGCUUGGACGCAAGAUGCGAUAUGUCUACACUGGGAGGUUGAUUCCAGGCGCACUCAUACCCGUAAUGGACGCUAUAGUCAAAUUUGAUUUAGAAACUGGCAUUGUUGAGGCUUACGAGCUAGGACAAGACGCGUAUGGUGGUGAGCCCGUUUUUGUUCCUAUAGAAGGCGCUGAAGAUUCUGGUUACCUGGUUGGAUUUGUAUAUAAUGAGACACAUGGACACAAUCCUCGCAAAGACACUGGUACAACGAAUGGCAAGAGCUCCCUGAUAAUAGUGAAUGCCAGCACAAUGAAACUAGAAGCCAGAAUUGACAUUCCGUUCAGAGUGCCUUAUGGAUUCCACGGGAUAUGGAUUUCGAAAGAUGACAUUAAAAAUCAACGACCGAAUCCUCACGCAGCUUCUGGUAGCAAUUUGAUGAAUUGGGUUACCUUCACGAUGAUACCUGUCGCACCAUACGUGAUAUUCUCGGUUGCACAGUCUUGCAAAGUUCAAGCCAUCAUUCUCAACUACCUCUUGUCCUUACUAUAUGUCGUCACCAUGUUCAUCUCAUUCGAUCUCUGGUGUGCUAUUUGUGGGCGAUUCAAAAGCUCUGAAAGAACUCGAUACCCUUACUAUUUGGCAAUCAGUUUGGUUUCUGCUGCCAUUCCAACUGCUAUUUAUGGAGGCAUGGCCGAUGCAAACUUUGGAUACUACCCAGUUACAUUGUUUUGUUUGGUCGUAUACCCUGCCAAUGCUUGGGCCGCACCAGUCGUCUACUUGUUGGGUUGCUCCUUCAUUGGUAUCGUCCUCGCUGCCCAUGCUUCAUACGAACUCUUCCGUCACCGAGGCAGCGUCGGAACCAGCACCACUCACCUUCCAAGAGCUACCUCUAACGGCAAUAUGAAAGAUGCUACUGGAACCACCAACGGUGCCCAACCUGCCGUCAAACAAUCCAACAGUGGUCCCAGAAUCCCUCUAUCACUUUGCAUGCGUAUUGUCGCCUGGACCGUCCUCUUUGCCAUCAAUGCCGCACUCACAGCUGCUCCAGCUUGUUUGGCCAUGUUGAAUGGUGGUUUCUCUGCUUCUUCAGCUGGAAGCAACACUUCAGUUUGGGUUUCUGCCGUCAGUGGAAUUGUCCUGUUUUUGAUCUUUGGAACCAGUGCCAACGCUUUUGAACAAAGCAACAUUUUCUGGAUCUAUUCGAAAAUUACAGGUGCCCAGAAAUCAUCCGACGUCAACAAGGGAUUGAACAGAGGAAUCUCUUCCAGUCAAGUCUUGAGCAGUCGAGAAGGAGUGUAA